UGGGUUUCCACUAAGCAAGAGUGUAAUCGGGAGUACCAAUCUGGAUUAAAUACAAAACGCUUAAAUCAAGUAGACCAUGUAGUCUCAUUCUCGAUUUUAAACAGGAAAUUUAUGAAUAAGCAAAAGAGACUGAAAGUCAAAAUGACAUCAAAGCCAGGCACGUCAACUGACAAAUCUUCCGAGAAUUCGGAGACGGCAGUACAGAUCCGAGUUUUCAAGAAAAUCAAAUAUCCGCCGGCAGGUAAAUCAGAUAAAAUACUGGAAAAGCUACAUGUGCGCCGACCGGAAGGAGAAUUUUGCGACGUUCAGUUGAAAUAUUCGAAUUCUAAGACGGUACAUGCGCAUAAAUCUAUCCUAGCAACAUGCAGUCCCUAUUUUGAGGGUAUGUUCGGUAGCGCAUUUUUAGAAGCUACGAGCGAAGUCGUAGACCUGAGUCAUAUCACAGAUAGAGAAGAUGUUCUGGAAAAUGUUAUAGAUACAUUUUACGGUAGAACGUUUGAAAUUAACGAAGAAAAUGUUAGCGAAACAUUAAAUCUAGCCACUAUGCUUUUACUCGAUGAUUUGAAAACAGAAUGCGCCACAGUGCUCUUCGGUCUUGCACAUGUCAGGAGUGCCGCACAGAUGCUUCAGCUGUCAAUAAACUUUGACUUGAGAGACUUGAGAGAAAAAGUCCUGCCAAUGGUAUACUCGAGAUUCCAUGAUUACAUUUUGUGCCAAGACGACCUGCUAGAUUUAAGCGUAGAAGGAUUCGAGUUCUUGGUCACAAACAUAAAUACGUCAUAUAUCGCAAGGAGAGCUAAGUAUAUCGAAUUUAUACUAAAGUGGUUUCUUAUAUGCGAGAGCGACGAAAGAGCAAAACUGUUAAAGAAAGCGAUAAAGAGAAUAGGUUUUAAGAUAACAAAGCACGCCUACAAAGAGUUUGAAGACAUAUUAGAAGAUGUAAUUAAUCACCUUGACGACGCUAACUCCGACGUUUCAGAAGAAAUCAAAUUGAAACUUAGUAAACGACUGCCAAGACUUAAACCAAAUGAUUACAUCAAGAAUCCUUCUCCAGAACCCGGGAGAACAACAGACGAUAAAUCUGAAAAAGAGACAAGAAAGAAAGAGGAAAGUGAUUCUGAACUUGAAGAUGAGCCUGAAAAAGAGUUAUAUAACACAUUUGGAGCGCGACUGAAAGUUUCUGGACCUCCGACUAAAGCGAAAGGAUUCACUAAGGAAGAGGAAGAAACCUGGAAGAAAGCACACGAGGAAAUGGCAGACCGAGAUCAGCAUAGAAUAUGGGCCAAGCAAUGGCCAAUGGAUCUUCUUAACAGGCUAGGCACGCACAACGACCCAAACAGGCCAAAGAAAAUCAAAAGAGAAUCACCACCGGAGUUUUUUAAGUCAAGAAACCGUCGAGUGAAAACGGAAGAGGAAUUGGCCGAAGAGGCAAACCUUGUCCAUGCGGUAGUUGUCCUGUCGCCGUCCUUGUCGUACCUGAAAAGGAUGGAAUCUAAUGAAACAAAAUCUUGCGAAUUUGAUGACGAUAUGUUGGAAGUUUGCGCCUACAUACCUCGAAAACAUGCAUGGUAUAAAGUAACAUCUUUGAGUGCUACCAGUUUGAAGAAAAGGUUCAACACAAGUAGUAUGCGCGAUGAGAGUACCACAUACAGACGACGUUCACGUCCCGACGAUUCUGACGACGAUGAUUGUGAAGAUGAGGAGGAAGCCUUUCAUCUCUCUGCAAUGAUGGAUAUGUAUGGUGCAGACAUGCCGGAAAUGGUGAUGAUGAUGCGUGGAAUGCCAAGCUCCCGGCGCCGGCGGAUUAUGGAAGAGGCAGCGCGUGGGCGCAUGCCGCCUAGCAUGCUACGCCGAAUGAUGGAAAUGGAUGUGGAUGAAGAUGACGACCGACACCGGCGAGAAUACAUGAUGAUGCGAGAAAUGUCCAGGAUGUAUCGGCGGCGGGGACCAUUUGGGAUGGAAAUGAUGCAUAUGAUGCGUCCUCGAACAUUGAACAUACCUUCUUUCACUGAUCCUAAAUGGAAUGCCGUGUAUCUUAAACAUCGCCUGUAUUUCUAUCACCAGGACAUCCGCGAUAUGGUGUUUUGCUAUGAUAUACUAAAUCAAACCUGGUAUAAGUCUAGCAUUAACUACACGGCUGAAAAGCAAGAGCCUUAUUACACGGACCUGAAAGACGGCAUAGAACUUAUUGUUAUGGGACAAAUACUUUAUGCUGUUCUAAGAAUUGCGGUGUUUGAUACGCGACGCGAUUAUCACUGGAAAAGCAAAGAAGAUAAGACAGAGGACAGCAAGCGACAGGAAGUGAUUGUUAAACAUGCCGUGUUUAAGAUGAUCGGAGAAUUAGGGAACGCGAAAUGGGAAAAGGUUAUGGAAAACGAUGGUCAUCAUGAGUACAUUCCUAUUGACAAAGAAAAGAGGCUUGAUCCGGAUAAAGAAAGACAUGGACAUCCGUUCAUGGACUUCUACGAAAUGGGACCAAUGCUAAGACAACCGGAAGCGCUUAGGACUAUUUUGUACGCGGAAGACGAGGAGAAGUUGUACGUCUGCUGCGCAGUAAGGAAACGCUAUUACAAAGAUGAAAGUAUUGUCGGUUAUAGUAUAAGCCAUAUAGACACCAUGUAUCUAGACCUUAAAGAGAACGAGCAUCUUCUUCACUCGCCAGACCGAACACUGUUCCUAAGAACACUGACGCCGUUAUACGGAGAUGACCUAGUAGCUUUUCUAAGCGAUGAUAUCAAAAGCGAGGUGAUGCUAGAUUUAGGGAAACCAGGAGUUUGGAGCCGAGUAUAUGAAUGGGGACGUGGGGAGCCGGAGCAAAGAAGCGAGUUUCUCGAAGCAAGGAAACAGUAUCCGCGGUGCCAGAGUUUACAAUGCAGUGCUGGAGACGGGAGAUCUAUAUGGAUUUUGCGCGGGAAAGAGAACGACACAAGUGAGACAGUGGAAAUUACGGCGACCAUGUUUUACCAAAGCAGAAAAUGUAAGUUCAAGACGACAAAACACCCCCCACCACCAUUUAGAUGUUUUACAAUGGCGAUGGCGGCGAGAAUAGACAAAACUCUUGUAAGAACAUUCAGUCCAUCUACUAAAUAUUUGCAUUCGGACUGAUUCCGCACUUUCGUCAGAUGUUUCAUUGUGUUGAUUCUGCUUUACCAAAACUGCAGAGUGAAUCCGAAAUUCUAUAACUGGCUUUUCAAGCCUGUGAACAUUCUUCGAGGGAUUGUUUUAUACUGACAGACUUAAAUGUUGAUGUCUUUGUUUUUCCUAUACCUUACAAUUUUGUUUCGAUAUAGAGUGAAACGUCACGGGCAGAAAUAAUUUCGGGCGUAUUUUGGAUACCAUUGCAACAGAUUCUAUAAUUUGACUUGUUUUAGCUAUCACUUUCCUUUUGCUUAGCCAAGUGUUAUUGUUUCGGUUAUCCAUGCGUGUGUCUCGUAUAUAUUUUACUGAAUAUCUAAUGAUGGAUUUUAAAUAUAUAAUAUACACUGACCUUGCCGAAGUGGGUCUUCUUCUUCCUCUACUAAAAUGUAUAUUUUUACUGUGACUAACACGAUAAAUGAACAAUACCAAAGCAAGGCAAGUAAACAUUUCAAAAUACCUAAUUCUUAUUCAACUAGGCAGUAUAAUAGGGUUAUUAUAAUAGUAGCUCGCCCUGGGAUGCUGAAAUAAUUAAACCCAUCUGAUCACAUCAAAAGAGGACUGAUUAGCUACAUCGUUUACAUCCCCGCCUUUGAUCAAUUAAAAGACUUUACAUAGUCAAGUACAAUAGUGCACGUGACAGAACUGAAAAUUUGAUCAAAUCAGUGAAAUGAUUUUAUCAAGUAAUUCACUUCUUCUUUUGUUAGUUGCCCUUUCGUUUGUAUUGUUCGAGUGUUGCGAGUUUUAAAGAAACCAUCAAAAUGAAUUACUGGUGAUCGAUGGCUGUUUGAACAGCGAACAUUCAGAGGCCGCGCCACAAUUCUCGCUUUGAAUAAACAACGUCUCGUACGUAAAAUGCUUAUGUCAUAUGCCGACACAACGUAAGUGUGAACAAGCACGACAAAUCGAAUGUUGUGACAUCACAUAUUUUUUAGGUCAAUACAACUUGGAAAUUGUUUAGAUAGAAUAUUCCUAUAAGUUACAUAUGCGCUUUAGAUAGUCUGUUAUGACUAGAACCUAUUACAUAUAUGUUUUCAUUAACAAAAUACAUGGUAAUCGUGUGAUAAUUUAUUAAAGUGAUAAUCAGUA